AUUAUUAGUUUCUGAUCUUUCAUUACUCCUAGGCUACAUUUGCUGUUCAGUUACUUGUACCUGAUUAUUCUUUGUUGCUCUAUUUAAUGGAUAAUGGUUUGUGAUUUUCAAUACUGUGUUCUUUUGUACACUUCGAGUUUAUUUUGAGUGGUCAAGCUAUUAGAAAAAGUGAAAUAUUCCUUAAGCUGUGGUUGCACUGAUUUUCUUGAUUACAACAUCGUAUGUUAGCCUGAGUUAUGAUGUGUAUUAUCUACAUCUGUCUCCGUCAUUACGAUAAAAAGUUCGAUCCACAUUAAUGUGGUGAUUUGUGGAACAAGAUUAUUAGCUACUCAUCCUUGUUUCACAUAUACUGUAUGAGUGAAUAUAGAUCAAAGUUUAACAACAUUUUAUUGAUGCUUGGGAUUGUUUUUUAUAAAUAUGGUAGAAUACAGAUUUUAUGGUUCAGAAGUUCUACAGCAAUGGAGAAAUCUAACAGGGACUAUUUCUCUCAAACAAAUGUGGGCAUGACGAAUCUCUAUUUGGACUACACAACUCAAUGAUGAAACUGUCCUCUCAUGUUGAGUCAGCGGGGUUUUGACAUGUUUAAGAUUUCAGAAAGGGUAAAAUAGCAUACACCCAUUGAAAAUGAUUAUAUUGAAAGAACUCAUUGACCCUUUUUUAUAUCAGUUAUGGCACCCAACAACGAUACUAACCAGUGGUAUUUUUGACUUGUUUCUUCAAAAUUUGGUCAGUUUUAUGGAAAAAAGUACUUUUUACUACUAUAUCAAAAUACCGGCUAUGAUACAGAUGCCUUUUUCCUCAGUUGUAAAAUUAUAUGUAGUUUUAUAGAGGUGGGGGUUGAGUGGGAGAGAUGCAGAGGGUGCGCACAUUUGAUGGCAACACCUUCAUGCUAGAAAAAAGUGAUCUCUUUCUUUCAGCUCAUAGGAUCAUCCUUAGAAAUGACAUUUAAUGUCAUCUUUUCAAUUGCCAAAUAAGGGCAUAAACUACUAAAUAGAUUCUUGAGUGCCUUCCAUUCAGAAACCAACUAAGGAAACUCCAAUUGUAAUUCACCAUCCAAUAACUGAUAUUCAAGAGAGUCAGUAUUUAAUUCUUUAAAAUAAUUAUUUUUUAACUGGGUGUAGAUGCUAUUUUCCCUUGAGAGAAGCAAGUUUCACCAAGUGUAAACCCCCAUACUCAACCAUUUCUUUGGCGCAGGAUUACUUGGAAUGUCCAUGCUCUUGGAUGGAUGUGCUUCUCUGCAUUUCUUUUCUAGCAUGUCCCAAGCUUCAUCUUCUUGUAUUUUUCAGAAGAAUUAUUCUGAUCUGCCCUAGCCCUGCCAUCCUACACUAGCUCAGAUACCAUUGCUUUUUCAUUCCUCAUGAUUUUUGCUCAGUGUUCAAUUUCCGACACGUUUCAACAUAGAAAUCAUGAUCACAGCCAAUGGCAGGAUUUGCUUUCGUCUAUAUGGAAGAUGAACGAGAUGCUGAGUACGCAAUUAGAAGGCUUGACAGGACAGAAUUUGGUCGAAAGGGUCGCCGACUUCGUGUUGAGUGGACCAAGCAUGAACGUGGCAUUAGAAGGCCUGGCGGUUCAAGAUCUUCAGCUAAUGUGAAACCAUCAAAAACCUUGUUUGUCAUUAAUUUUGAUCCAAGCUAUACCAGAACAAGGGAUUUGGAGAGGCACUUUGAUCCACAUGGGAAAAUAUUGAACAUAAGGAUCAGAAGGAAUUUUGCAUUUAUUCAGUAUGAGACACAGGAGGAUGCUACCAGAGCAUUGGAAGCAACGAACAUGAGUAAGUUCAUGGAUCGAGUCAUUUCAGUGGAAUAUGCAGUUCGGGAUGAUGACGACGAGAGGAGAAAUGGGUACAGUCCUGAUAGAAGAGGCCGGGACAUGUCUCCCCAUAGAAGAAGCUAUGAUCAUGGGCGAUCCCCAAGUCCAUAUCGUAGAGAUAGGGCAAGCCCAGACUAUGGCCAUGGACCAAAUCUAAGCUCCAGAUCUGAACUAAGAGGAAGUCCCAAAUAUGAUAGAGGAGCUGAAAGCCCAGUCAAUGGGAGAUAUGACAGCCGAUCACCACCACCAAGGGAAAGAUCAUCACCACCGGCAAGGGAAAGAUCUCGAUCUUAAACAGAAGCAGAGUAGAAGUUCCAGUCAAGUGGGUAGUUGUUUGUUUUUUAACGUGUUUCACUUUGUUGCUUGAUUGCAAACAUUGCAGGGUCCAGUUAUCAACUUGUUUUUUGUAUUUUUAUUGUGAUUUAAACUUCUAAGUAAUAGGUCAUUAAAAGUACCUGGUCAUGGUUUGAACUU